CUUAUUGUGCUUCUUCUGUUUAGUCAAAUAUCAAAUAGACUCCGGAAAACAACGAUGUUCGAUCAAAAAUUGUUCACAUUUUUUGUGGUUUGUUUCUUAAUAUGUGAGAUAUUCAAUGCGAAUGUCAAUGCUGUAGAAAAUCCAUCAAAAAAAGGCAAACGUAUUCAAUUACCACAACAAAAAACUUCUCAAGCAAUAGCCAAGCAGCCAAAAACACUUGGACAAAUUUUGAAUGAACCGUGGUCAUUUCGUAAACCAUCUUCCUUUGUUCCACCGAAAGCGACAAAAACUUUUGCCGAAAUUUUGGCUGAGCCUUCUUCAUUUCAUAAACCAAAUCCAACUACAGGGCACGAUACAAACUCUCAAUCGGAUUUUUCCAGUUCAUCUAGCAGAAAUGACGAAUUCGCAUCGGCUCGUUCACGUUUGUCUUCGUUACCAAGUUUUGGAUCAUCUUCUCGGUAUUUUUCAGUUUCAGACUGCGAUAGGAAAGAAGAUCACGCCUAAAUAAUAACAAUUCUUAAUGCAAACAUUUAGAAACUCAAAACACUCAUCAAUUUUCCAAAAUAAAAUAUUUUAUUUGAUAAAUUGAUUGACGAAAAUGUUCAGUUUUAGUUAAAUCGAUCUAUUAUUGCUGCUUUCUGAUUCAUA